AUGUUAAAGAUUUUAGACAAAUUGUCCGCAACAAUGAAAGAUGAUAAUAGAAAUUUUGAUUCAAAUUCAAUUAGUAAAAUGUUAACUGAUCUUCAAAUGCAACCCGAGUUUGAUAUGAAUAUGGAUGUCAUUAAUCAGGUGUCCACUAAUGAACACCUGAUUCGUACACUUCUCGAUAUUGUGAGCGAGAAUUAUGUGCCGAAAAAAGAAAUUAAAGUUUUAGAGAUUAAUGUGACCAACGCUUUAAUGGCUCAAGAAAUUGACAAUCACUUGGCUCACGCAGCUAUUUAUCCAAUUGAUGUCAACUAUACUAUUGCUACCAAAUGUAUUGAUAAUAUAAAUGAUGAAUACAAGAAUAAGUCGUUUAAAUUGACUGAAUGGGACUAUAAGUCUUCGGCAUUUCCAUCAGAUAUAUCACAACUCGAACUCAUUGUAAUGAAAGACACACAAGACUUAAAAGAUGUCAAACUUGAUGUUUAUCUUCAAGAAGCUUACGAUGCAAUUGUUUCCAAAGGAUUCUUGUUAUCAGUUUUUAAGUACAAAUACACUGAACCGGAACUACUGUUGAAUUCAAUGAAUGGACGCAAAAAUAUGAAAAACAUUGAGUUAGAGAAGAGAAUCAAUGACUUCACCACAACUGCCAUUCAAAUGGGUUUCAAAGAAAUCGGUAGAAAAUAUGAUUCAAUUAAUUCAAUGGCUGUACUCUUUAGAAAGAUUGAAACCAAACCAACGGUUCCGGAAAAACACAAUAUCAUUGAAAUCAAUGCAAGCGAUAUGUCGUGGUUUGAGACAUUGAAAACAAGAGUUACAGAAAAUAUUGACACAAAAGAUAACAUUUGGCUCAUUGCUAAUGACUCACAACAUAAUGGUAUCGUUGGUCUAAUCAAUUGUCUUCGUCUGGAACCGGGAGGCGAUAGUCUUCGUUGUCUUUUUGAUUGCAAUUCAAACAAAUCUUCGAUUAAAUUUACAGAAAAGCCAUAUUCAGACAUUUUGAACAAUGAUUUGGCAAUAAAUGUAAUAAAUGAAAGAUUAGUCGGUACUUACAGACACAUAACUUUACCCAAAAAUUAUGACAAAAUCCCGUCAAAUGAGUACUUCUUGAAUGUCGGUCUAAACAGAGACUUAUCUCAUCUUCAAUGGUAUGAUUCACGACAUAUCGUCACAACCGAUGAAUUUUACGAUUUAUGUAAUGUUCACAAACAUCAAAUAAGAUGUCAUGUCUAUAGUAGUGGACUUAACUUCAGGGAUGUCAUGUUAGCCACGGGUCGACUUAUUUCUGGUCCGGAAACUCUAUUCACUGAUUGUUUGCUGGGCUUUGAGUUCGCCGGUCGUCGCAGUGAUACUGGAGAGCGUGUCUGUGGUUUCAAUAUGAGUCGCUGUUUUGGUACAACUAUUGACGCCAAUGAAAAUCUGAUAUCUCCAAUACCAGAUAACUGGUCUAUGGAUGACGCUAUCACUAUAUUGAGUACAUAUAGUACUGUAUGGUAUGGGCUAUUAGAAAGAGGACAACUAAAAAAAAAUGAAAGUGUUUUGAUUCACUCGGCAGCCGGKGGUGUGGGACAGGCGGCCAUCAAUGUGUGCCAAAAGUAUAACUGCGAUCUCUAUGUAACUGUUGGUACGGAAGAUAAGAAACAAUUUUUAAUGAAUGAAUACAAUAUACCAGAAAACAGAAUAUUCAGUUCACGUGAUAUUCAGUUUAAAUAUAAAAUUAAGGAAUUGACUGAUGGAAAGGGAGUCGAUUUGGUACUUAACUCUUUGACCGGUGAAAAACUUGAGGCCAGUUAUGAAUGUGUUGCCGAUUGCGGUCGCUUUGUUGAGAUCGGCAAAUAUGACUUACAAAUGAACAAACAAAUGGGAAUGUUUUCAUUUCUUAAAGACCUCUCUUUCAUCGCUGUUUCCGCUGAUCGUAAACUGUAUUUGACUCAAGAUUUUGGUCAAAAUUUUUUCAAAUGGAUGAACGAAAACUGUACCAACGGUUUAAUUAAACCAAUUAAUAGGACUGUAUUUAAGGCAGAAGACGCUGAUAAGGCUUUCCGUUAUAUGACAACCGGUAAACAUAUUGGAAAGAUUAUCGUUAAAAUCAGAGAUGAAGAAACCAUUAAAAGUCAAUUACUUGAUAUCAAACCCGCAAAUGAAAUGACAGUAAUGACUAAGACUUACUUUGAUCCCAACAAGACUUAUAUUAUAACAGGAGGUUUGGGAGGAUUUGGUAUGGAAUUAAUGCAUUGGAUGUUAUUUAUGGGCGCACGAAGACUUGUAUUGACCUCUAGAAAGGGUAUUAAAUCUGAUUAUCAGAAAUUUCUUUUGGAAAGAGUGAAGGCUUUGGGAAAUAGAUUUAAGUUUUUUAAUACAAAGGUUAUUGUGUCAACUCAUGACACCAAUACCACUGAAGGCACUAAACAAUUACUAAGUGAAGCACACAAAUUGGGUCCAAUCGGUGGUGUCUUUCAUUUGGCUCUUGUACUCAAUGAUUGUCUUUUAGAAAAGCAAACUAUUGAUGGUUUUUGUGAAACUAUUGACUCGAAAGCAAAGACCUUUGAAAACUUGGAUCGCAUAACACGUCAAAUGAGUAUAGAUUUAGAUUAUUUUGUUGUCUUCUCAUCCGUCGCUUGUGGUAAAGGAAAUGCCGGACAAUCCAACUAUGGAUACGCCAACUCUGUAUGUGAACGCAUAUGUGAGUCCCGACGUAAUGAUGGACUGCACGGUUUGGCCAUUCAAUGGGGACCUAUUGGUGAUGUCGGUGUGCUGUCUGACACUGAGAUGAGUUCGUUGUCGGGAAUCGUCAAACAGCGGAUCAAUUCAUGUCUGGAAAUCUUUGAUAAAUUGCUUCAAACACCACAAGCCGUAAUCUCGUGUGUCGUUAGGGCUAAACGUGUUACACAACAAGGCAGUCGAGAGUCAAAGAUUGUUAACCAGAUAUGGCAGGCAUUGGGUAUCGAUCCGCGCACUACACCCGAUCACUUGACUUUGGGUGAGAUCGGUAUGGAGUCUAUGUUUGCCGUUGAGUUACAACAGGGAUUAGAAAGAGAUUACAAAAUAAAGUUGACUAUGAAUGACAUCAAAUCAAUAACAGUCCGACACAUCAAAGAAUUUGAAACCGGAAGAGUGGAUCAAUUCAAGAAAUUUGCCGAAGAGUUACACAAUGCCAGAGAAAAGUUGGCAAAAAUCAAGUUUAUUAUUCCUUCCGAUGCCUACACACCGUUAAACAGUGUGCGCACCGGUAAUCCCGUAUAUUUCUUGCCCCCACUCGAGGGUAUAUUUUCUUCACUCGUAGGAUUGGCAGAACAAAUCAAUCGACCGGUAAUUGGAUUGAAUUGGACUAAAGAUAUGGAAAAAAUAGAUGAUGUGAAAGAGAUCGCCAAUUAUUAUACAAAACUAUUGAAGACACUCCACCCGAAAGGCAACUUUGACAUUGUUGGCCACUUUUACGGUGCACUACUUGUUGCCAAAAUGUUAAGGAAAUCGCCGAUACGUCGGGCCGUUAUUAUUGAUACUAUUUCUGAUAUGGAAGUCGACGAAGACAUGAUUAGCGAUGAGGCCAUCAUUGAAAUGCUAAUCAAAUUUAUAUGCAAAGACUUGCCUAAAGUUAUUAACGAAAAGCUCGUUCGCGAACUUAAACUUAAACCUGAUAUCAACUCAAAGCUCAGUAAAAUUAGUGCAGAUAUUAAAGAGUUUGUCGGCAAAGGGUUUGUUGGCCGAGACUUUGAUGACAUAUUGAACCAGUCGUUCAAAAGGGCUAAACUUUUUGGCAAUUAUCGACUAAAAAUGAAAAACAAAUUCAAACAAAUCAAACUAAAUAUUGGCAAAAAAUAUCUUGAAAUGAGCGGCAAAUUACUGGUUAUUAAAGCCGUGGCCAAUACUUUUGAUGACGAUAUGAUCAAUACAACUGAUAAGAUUUGGGACUCAUACUUCUUGCCCGAAAAGGGAUUGGAAGACAAACUAAACUUUAAGACAGUUAGAGGUGACUCUGAUAACGACAUGAAUAUUGUGUUCAAUCAAAUUGCUGUCUCUAUUAAUCAAUAUUUAUUGGAUUAA